GUUGCCAAGUCGGUAGGUCCCUUUACUGAAACUAAAGAAUUUAGGCCAAGUAAAGCGUACACAAUACAGAAGUUAUCUUUUAAACGAGAACUUUCCAACUGUAUUUUUGAAAUUUAGUAGAAUGAAUAGUUGAAAAUAUCUUUUUUCUUUUUAAUUUGACAUUCUUCCUGACUUGACCGACGAAGCUAUUUGAUCGAGGUUAUAAAAGAAAGAAGUAGCCUCUUCCCAUUUGCAUAUAGCCGAACACGCGCACCUUUGGUUUAGUCAAUUCCGCUCAGGUAAUUUUGAUGUCAAACAUUGUUGGUGAGUUGUCGAAAACAUCGAUAAAAUAAUGGAAUAGUCAUCCAAACAUUGUUUCGAUUGCCCAGGAGCUAAAUAUUGCAACAAAAUCGAUUCAUUUAUGAAGCGGAUAGUUACUGGUGAUGAAAAGUAGGUCACUUUCUACGUCAAGCGAAAACAGUGGUAGUUGAGUUACAGUGAGCUGGCGCAAAGAAUAGGCAAUCCACGGUCAGGAAGGUUUUACCAUGAGUUAAGUGGGAUCGGCAGUAAAGCAUCUACUAUGAACUGCUCCCAACCAUCUGAAGAAAACAAUAACCCAGAAGCGGCCAGAUUUGCCCAAUAGGAAAGAAGUUAUCCAUCAGGACAACGGCCGGCCACACAAAUCAAUAGUGAUUCGCAAGAAGCUCCGAAACUUGGUUGGGAGGUUUUAUGCAUCCACUAAUAGUUCGAACCUGGCACUAAGUGAUUACUAUCUAUUUUUAUCCUCGGCAAAUAAUUUUGUUGGUGAAAAAUUCGCCACAAGGAAACUUUUGAUGAUAUAAUUUGAAAAUAUUGUACCCAAAAAUAUCGGCAAUAGUUUAAGUCCAAAACAAUAAGAACUAAUAAUUUUUGAUGUUUUGUUCCUAGCUGUCAACAUUUUGAGGGAAAUUUGAAUUUGAACUUUCUUACUGUCUACAUGCCCAUGGUAUAGGGUGCAUACAUAUGUAGCUGAGUCAUUUCUUAUAAUUUAUUUUGACUUUAUAUAAAUUUGUCAUUUGUUUUAAAUUAUUGAAACUUAUUGUUCGAUUAAUUGUGCUAAAACAUUCAUUUACACAUAGAAACCAUGAGUAAUUCUUCUAACGGUUUGCUCACAAAAAAUACAACGAAUUUCAAAUUGCACACACGGGCGCGCAGGCACAAGCAAUACGUAACGAGCGAAAUUGAGGUCAGCUGCUUUCGACCAAUAGGCAUAAACAUAGAUCCCGACGCUCACUGUCAUCUCAUUCGCCACAAUGAUCGCUGCAAUUUCGAUACGAAACUCAUCAACUAUUUGGAAUUCGCUAUUUGUACUAUAAGGAUCGAUGAUCUAUCUUGGUUUGGCGAGGUCGGUUAUGUCGUCUGUUCUCUUGUGAUGCUCCUGUUUUUCAUAUUCUUCAUAUUCGUAAUGACCAGGUGGUUUAUUUUACCAAAUGUGCUUACCUUGUUUAACUGGUCUACAAUUAAGGCUUACCACUGUGGCAUUCUUAUUGUGUCAACUCUGUUCAUCUUGCCGAAUUUGUUCAAAAUUUCGAUUAUUUGCAACUCACCAAAAGAGAUAUACUCCCUUUUUCUCACGGAAUUGGGAAGCAAGACGUUAACCAUGUAUAGUAUGGGAUUGGGAUUAAUCGCAAUUAAAAGAAAUUCGCAUGUCUCGCCAUUUAAUUGCAUCGUUAGUCUGUUAGUAAUCUUGCUUGGAAAUAUAUACGUGUAUAUCUUGAUAAGUUUUAAAACUAAAAAUGAUAUUCUACCCAAAGACGGGCAAGCUGAUUUAAAGUUAGAAUGGCAUGCCAAAUUAUUAAUCAUCAUUUAUUUGGUUUAUCUUUUCGCUCAACUCUACGAUCCAUUUAAAUCCGUGCUUUCGAGAAGUAGUACCAAUGUUGAUGUUAUUCCUACGCCAGAACAAAUCGAAAAUGAAAAUGUUAUAGUGGAUGUGCUCGACGAAGUGAUCACUGCAAUGUCGGCUGAUCAUGGUGAAACCACGAAUUCCCCUUUCAAAGUGAAUUGUCAAAAUUUGUAUGGAGACAUUUUCGGAAGAAAGUAUAUAAUCUUCAAUAUCUUGUUUGCACCUAUGUGGAUUAUUCUGACCCUAUUGAUUCCUGUUAUAAACGAAAGCUUACCUUUCCAAGGUUGGAAUAAGUAUCUUCUAAGUGCAAAUCUUAUGCUCAUAACGUUACCAUUAAUCGUAUACAUAAAACUGGAAAUUUGCCUUGCGUUUUUCCUUAUUGGAUUUCUAGCCGCCCUUGUUUUACUUUUUAAGGCAAGCGCCACGGAGCCGCCUAGACUAUAUAAAGUCUUUAGUGUACUUGGAUUAUUUGCUGCAUUCAUGAUUUGGCAGUUACUUACCAUGGAAGCUGAUACUUUAAUUCAUCAAAGUCUUCAGUAUCUAAUACGAUGGAAUCUCGAUGAUGUUACCGUUGCAAGUUCCUCAUUUACAAAUAGUGUUACAGAAAUGAUUUUGAUUUACGAAUUAAUUAAGUACGCUGAAGUGGAUCUUGCGUUUGGUCUCGUCACCGGCUUGGUUGUUUACAAUACAAUAGGUAGCUUUCCUGCCAUGAUUUUCCAGCCUUGUUUUGAUGCAUCUUCCAUUCUUUUCAUCACUAACAAUAAUUCAACCAUAUACGUGUUCCUGUUCUUGAUGAUCGGAUAUACAUUUAUUGCUCUAAGCAUUUCUAAUUUUGAACUGCGUCGUAGCUUUGGCAUUUUCUUAGUCAUAUUUUGCACAAUUUUCUUUCUGUUUAUAAUAUUAUCGGCCUAUGAAUUUAUACACCCCUAUGGCUCCCAACAUUCUUCUAUAAUUAUCUUUAAUUCGUUGACACAUUCUAAUUGGUCAUAAUAAUUCAAAUUAGUGUAUAAUAUAUAAAGAAAAGUUAUAAAUUAAGUAAAUAAAAUAUUGUUAGAAUCAGACGAUUCAAAUCUCUCAUUGUUCGUAUUUUUGAUAAUGUCAAUAAAAUUGAGUAAUAUAGUUACAAAAA